AGAGCUUUACUAUAAACAUAAAGGCAGUUUGCCGACGUACUUAGACCGAGUGAGAAGUGUAUUUUUGGUCUUAACGGCUUUUAGUACGGCAUGUGCUUCGCGCGAUCGCGUCCGCAGUCCAAAAACGGUUAUUAGUGUAAAUUACAUUUUUUAAAAUAAUUUUUUAAUUUAUUAGUUUUUUUAGAAUCAAGUGGAAAAAACAUUAUAAUGCUCGGCAUUAUGAAGCCGUGGGCAGCGCUGUUGAUAUCAAUCUUGGUGGUCGCUCGAUGUAUAGCGGCCAUGGAAAUCAAAGACAAUGGCCGUGGACUUUUGAAAAGUUAUCGCGCGGCCAUUAAUUCAACAAACCGUCAGACUGACAAUAAACAAGUGCAACUAACGUACGCUCAACCGUAUGUCAACGCUGUGGAGUAUUCAACGUCCAGGCCAGAGCGUAUCAGGAGGAGAACGACUGAACAACCGCAGGAUACAAUACGUGUGUUUGUUACUCCUUUGUCUGCCAGGAUAAAUAACCAUAACGAGGAGCCUACGACCACCCAGAACUCCCAGAGAAGUCAAUCGACGGGCAUGUAUUUCGUCACUGCCAAAACGCCAGUAUACUCCACUACUCCGACCGGGUACAACGCCAAAGAAUUGUCACUGCAGGAGAAGUCGCGUCAAACUGAUUUCAAUGGUACAAGACGGCUGAUGAAAAACCACAGGGUUUCCCAACAGCCACAAUUUCUGUACGCCACCACGCUGAUGCCGGGAGCCAAUUCCAGCACACUGGUGCACCCAGCCGGCAAUAGCAUGUCCCUGGCCAAUUCCAAGCCAUUCACAAUGGUGAUGGUGCCCAAACAGAAACUGAACGAGCUCUCGGAUUCGUUCAAGCCAAUGCCUUUGGAUUCUCCGCAGUACACAAAUAAACAACAAGCGUUGGACAUAAACAGCAUAAACGAAAAUCGAAGGAUGGCGGCUGUAUCGAUACAAGCGAGUCAAUUGGGAGCUAUAGUUAGCCACGGGGUUCAAAAGCAACCGGUGGGCUACAAAGCGCCACAGGCUGAGCAAUCGUACAACGGGGAGGAGUCGUCCUCUGAAGUUAAGAGCCACGAAUCGGCGAUAAUUAACAAGCGCGACCGGUUCAACUCGCCGGUAUACGGUCAACCCGUCCAGAAGGUGGUCGAGUUAGAGUACAAGCCCAAGCGCGACGAUUCGUUGAACUUGGAAAAGAAACAAGAGACCGCCAGGUAUCAAGAAUAUAAGCUACCCAAGCGCGAGUCGUUGAAUCAAGAAAGUUUUAGGUACCAUGACUACAAGACCCACAAGCCCGACGAAUCGUUGAACUUUAAAACCACGCAAGAAACGAAUAGGCAUCAAAACCCCUUUUUGAAAGACGCAUCCUCCAAAUCGGAUCAGGUCGUCAGAUAUGAGCCUCAGCCGGCCGCCGCUCCAAGGUAUACAACUGAGAGGUUGAGGGUAUUUUAUCCGGUCACUGAGGAAUCUCCUGCUAAGCAAUCUCAGUACUCCCCUUACAAAACUCCCGAACCACAGUCAUUGGACUUUAUGUCGCCGGUCGUCGAAUCCAGUAGACCUCCUAUGUACUUAGGAGAACAGUCUGCCGAUAAUGAGUACUCUAACGUUCCCAGUAGGUACGAGCCCAAACCUUCAGGAGACACCGAAACGAAGGGGUUCCCGGCCGAAGACACGAAGGGUGUGCUCAAGUUGAUUUUGGAAGAUAUACUUAAACCGAAACAGCAGAACGAAAUUAAGCAGAAACGAAACGGAAUGGACGAAAUCAUUGAGUAUUACGCAAAGACUAAGAGACCUACCAUCGAUAGCUUCGACGAAUACGACAUAGAUACAGACAUGAACUGUAAUUUGAGAUCAACCAGACAUAUCACAGACGGUCAAUGCACAACUACACGCCCAAUAGUGGAGGCUGUGUGCGCGGACCGCUGUCUUGUCUAUGCCUCGACCUUGCCUUUUAACAAGAGAGUUCGACCGUCGUAUUUGACUAAAACUCAACAAGUGGAAGCGUUACAUUGUGUUAACGGCGAUACGAAAAUGUUAAGAGUUCAACUUCAAUGUCAGGACGGAGCUAUGCUAAACAACAUCAUCAAAGUGGUGACCAGUUGUCGGUGCAAGUUACAUCAAAUACAACCGCAGAUGAGAAACACCAAAACGCCAUCGACGCAUUCCCUAGGUUCGUCGCCAAUGCAAGAAAUAAUGAACUCCGAACAAUUUUGAUCGAAUUUUUACAAUACUUGUCCUUAUCUUUAGGAAUAACAAUAACUUUAAAUUAUUUUUACUUCUAGUCUAUAUUAUUUUGUAUUUAAUAUUAUUAUAACUAUUUUUGUUAUUUA